CAUCCAGCAGGGAUUCCCUGAAAGUCAACGAGACGCCGUGUCUAGGUAUGUGCCCAUUUAAACUCCGUUAUGCGUCCUGUUAAAAUCAACGCCGGUCAGACGGAUAACAGUAGCCUGUUUGCCUGUACGUUAGGUCUGUGAGGAGUUUGCAGUACAUUGCAGAAUUGAUUCGGUGAAUAGCUGUGAUUGAAAGCCCUACCUGGUUGACAACAUCCAUCUCGGCCGCCUUUCGCUGAUAAGAGGAUCAGAAGAGUGGAGAGUCAUCAAGGAUCCAGUUUAUUAUUGGCAAAUUGUUAUUUUAUGAGGAUGUAGUACAGGACCAUACAGAAAGUGCACAAGUGGGAGAGAGUGGAGGGGACGGCGUCAGAAAGGAUCUAGAGCUGGGACACUUUCAAGGAUCACCCGAAGCACAACCAUACAAUAUGCACAAGGCUGCAGUUGUUCAGAAUAGAUGGAGUCAAGAGUGUCUUCUACGGUCCCGACUUCAUAACCAUUACUAAGGCUGAUAACGAAACAGAGUGGCGAGUGAUCAAACCGAACGUCUUUGCCACCAUUAUGGACUUCUUCACCUCUGGACUUCCUGUUGUCAAUGAGGCAGAUGCUCCACGCGCCGACACAGCUCCUUCAGAGGAUGAUGAUGAGAUGGUGGCCAUGAUUAAAGAAGUGCUGGACACACGCAUAAGCUGUCCCAGCUCCAUCAUCACGCUGAAGAGCGGCAUCCAGAACAUGCUGCAGUUCUACGUUCCCGAGGUGGAAGGAGUCGAGCAGGUGAAGGAAGAGGAUGUGGAUGUUGAAAAGGAAGUCCACUAAUAUGAGUUUCAGCUGACUUUAUCCUUUCUUCAUAAUAAAUUACCCAGCACCCCUCUGUCCCAUCAACAUCCAAUCAUGUAGAAGCAGCCUUGAGUUUUAAGGAAAAUGGACAAAACUGUGUGUGUCCUCACACUCCUUUAAACAUAUAUUAGCUGCAGACAUUGAUAUUAAGACAGGAAAUGUUUUUAGCCUGCACUUUUGCAUAGACAAUGUUUGGUCGGUGCUGUAACAGGUUUGGGUUGGUCACCCAUAAUAUUUUACAUAUUAUAACUCGUUGCACUGGUUAAAACAAAAAGCAAUACAUUUUUAAAGCAAUUGUGAAUAAGUUGCAAUAUGCAUUUUCCCAGAAGCAGAAAUCUCCUGGUUUCAUGUUUAAUGGAUUUUCAGGAAUCUUGAUCGUAUCAUAGGUCAUUCUUCAUUAAAAAAAAAAAAAAAAAAAAAAGGAAAAAAAUGAAUUAUUUAAUAAAGAUUACAUUUGUAAGAUUGAUAGAAGUAUACACUAAAUAAAUGAAAAACAUAAAAUUCUAAAUCAUUUUCUUUCACCACUGGCUGAAGUGCUCUUCUGUCGGUGGUGUUGUCCCUUGUAAGAUCAAUCAUUUGAAUUCUUCAUCUGUUCUUCAGAGCAAAGCAUCUGCUAAAUGAAGGAAUAUAACUGUGAAUGAUAUUAAAAUUAUAUAUUUAUAUUAAAUUUGUUCAAAGACAAUUUGAUUAGUGGCUAUUCAAAAUGGCCCUUUAAGUAUUCAAAAUAUAUUUGUUAUUUAUUUACAGAAGAAAAUGUUACAUGUACAAAAUUAUUUGGUGUGUGGCUAGCCUCUUCUAAAGGAUCAAAUGCAGAAAUAUUAAAGAUAAAAAAUAAAACCAA